AAAACACGUUUUUUUUUUUUUAUAUCGAAAAUGUACAAAUUCUACUUAUACGCGGGAUUGAUCGUUUGUCUCGCGUUCGUUGACGCGGUUGACAACUCAACCGAGGUUGAAAACGCCGCGUUCGACGUCAGCCGUGAGACAAGGGCGAAGAUUGUCAGGAAAUUGAAAAAAGACUUUAGGAAAUUGAAAAAACAAGAAGGGGCUAUAAAACUCGUCGGCGGAAACGGUGAUUACGAAGGAAACGUUGAAAUUUUGCACAAUGGAAAGUGGGGCAGCAUUUGUGACGAUGAAUGGGAUUACAUGGAGGCAAAUGUCGUCUGCAGGCAGUUGGGCUUUGAAAGUGCGACAAGACAGACGACCAAUGGCCGUUUCGGACAAGCCAGGCGUCGUUUCUGGAUGGACAACAUCCACUGCGACGGUACUGAAGACACGCUGGCCAGUUGCCGUUUCGACGGCUGGGGUCAAUCCGACUGCAAAGGGAGCGAAGCAGCCGGUGUGAUUUGCGCUCACGAGGAUGAGCCAACGACGCCGGCACCGGCGGCGGUUAAGCGGCCAAAGGAGAGGAUCAAAGACGUCCACCGCCAGGGGAUGGCAGUGAGGUUGGUCGGCGGUCGGAUACCGAGCGAAGGUCGAGUCGAGGUGAAGCUGGGAACGGAUGAAUGGGGUGUCGUCUGUGGGGAUGGAUGGUCUCUCUUCGAGGCUGGCGUGGUUUGCAAGCAGCUCGGCCUUGGCUACGCUUCGGACGCUGUACAGACAAACUUUUUUGGCGGUAACCGGAUGCCGAUGAAGAUCAGCGGUGUCAAGUGUCAUGGCGACGAGCCGAACUUGGCGCACUGUCUCCACGACGAAGUCCUUGAAUGUCCAGGAGUCGCGGAGAACAUCGCGGGCGUCAUCUGCGUUCAGCAAAUUGCGGAUUUGGUCUUCGACCACUUGGAACUGAUGAGAACCGCGCACCUCGAGGACCGCCAACUAUACUGGCUACAGUGCGCGAUGGAGGAAAAUUGCGUCGCUUCUCAGGCUUACAAGAUUCAGAAGGAGUCGGAUAACUGGCAUCUUGAAACCAGACGGCUCUUGAGGUUCACAGCGAGGAUUCUCAACGCUGGUACAGCCGAUUUUCGUCCCUCGGUACCGAAGCAUCUAUGGGAAUGGCACAUGUGCCACAUGCAUUAUCAUUCGAUGGAAGUUUUCGCGACAUUCGACAUAAUCGAUGCGAGAGGAAACAGAGUUGCGGAGGGUCACAAAGCGUCCUUCUGUCUCGAAGAUAAUCAGUGCUUGCCAGGCGUCGAGCCAAGAUACAAAUGCGAGAAGUACGGAGAUCAGGGAAUCUCAGUAAACUGUACGGACAUUUACAGACACAACAUCGACUGUCAAUGGGUUGACAUUUCGGAACUUGACCCCGGGCUAUAUACCAUGAAGGUCGCAGUCAACCCUGAGUUUAAGGUGGGCGAGAUGACCUUCGACAACAACGCGGCAUCGUGUCAACUUACCUACACGGAGACAUUCGCAACAGUCCAUAGCUGCAAAUUGGAACGACCCCAGAAUUCGUUUUGAUUAAUUCUAAAUUCUUUUUAUCCAAACACGGUAAAUUAUGUACGGCAAUCUCUGUAACUUCAUGUUUAUUAAAACACAUUAUCACAUUCCAAUAAAUCACAUAAUCAAG